CCCGCAGGAGUGCGCAUGCGUUCCCUUGGGUCUGGCUUCUUGUCGUUGUUGGAGGAGGGGGGCAGGGGGAUGUCUUUGCUCCAUCGCUAUCGGUGUGGCCUCGGCCUGUGCCUUCUGCCGUUUUUGCUGCAGGUGAACGGGGCGCAGGAUUCAGAAAGAAUUCUGCUCCGUGACGUCCAAGCUCUGACAUUGUACAGUGGUAAGUAUACCACUGGCCGCAGAACACAUCCUGUACCUCAGCUGCAGUGUGUUGGUGGCUCAGCUGGCUGCAGUGUCUUGCUUCCGAAAGUGGUGCAGUGUUAUAACAAAGGUUGGGAUGGUUAUGAUGUUCAGUGGGAAUGCAAGACAGACAUGGAAAAAGCAUAUCAAUUUGGAGCAAUUACCGUCAGUUGUGAGGGAUAUAACUAUCCAGAAGAUCCUUAUAUUUUGAGGGGAUCCUGCGGACUGGAAUAUGUCAUAGAACUUACUGAGGAAGGCCUUCGGAGAAAGAAAUCUAAUUCUGAAUUUGCUUAUAAACCAAAUAACAAUGAAAUUCCCGCAGAUUCCGAUGAUUCAUCCUCUUAUCUUGUGAUACUUGGACUGUUUUGUCUUUCUUAUCUGAUCUACCUCAUGUGUUUGAGAAGCCAAAAUAACAGUAAUGAGAUGCCGCAAAGCAGUACUCAAGGUUAUGAUGAAUGUUUCAACAAUGCAGGCCCCUCUGGACAUCCAUCACCACCUGGCUUUAAACCAGACUUUGGAGGUUACACAUCUCAUGGGGCGUAUCCACGGAGUAGAAGCUCAGGACCAGGCUUUUGGACAGGUUUAGGAACAGGUGGUUUGCUUGGAUACUUGCUUUCCAGCAGAAGAUCACAGCCAAACCCUUCACCUUACGUACACUACCCAAAUUAUUCUGCGCAUCAACCACAGACAAGUGGGCAAACUGGUUGGAAUCCUGAAAGCCGAGAAACCAGGACAACAUCAGGAUUUGGUGGAACAAAAAGAAGAUGAAAUGUACAAGAUAUGAGAAAAGAUUUCAUUGUAGAAUUGUUCAAAAGUUGCUGCUUCAGUUUGUCUGCACAACCCAAGGCUGUAGCAUUUUGUGAGCAAGAGAGAUUCUUGUAUUGUUGAAUAGUUUUAGAAUUUUCAUUAUUUGACUUUUUAUAUAUCAUCCAACUGUAUUUGGAGCCUGUAAUAACAAUGAGGGUACUACAUAAAGUGAGGAAUUCAUGCAUGAACUUCUGCUAAUUAAUGGCAGGCAAUAAUUUAUUAUAAUUUUGAAAGAAAAUAUUUAGUAAUGUAAAGUCAUUUUUAAAAAUUCAUUCACUGGAUAUGAGUGUCACUGGCUAGGCCAGCAGUAAUUGCCCAUCCGUAAUUGCACAAAGGAAGGUUAAGAGCCAAACAUUUUGGUGUGCGUCUGGAGUCACAUGUAGGCCGCACCAGGUAAGGAUGGCAAUUUCCUUCCUGAAAGGAAUUAGUGAGCUAGAUGGGUUUUUCCUGACAAUCAA